AUGACGCCCCGCCAAGCGGUGUCACCGCUGCUGCUGCUUCUCCUGCUGCUGGGACUGGCCAAGGCCACCACGCACGGGCCGGAUGGAUCCACGCUGGAGUUGCCCGGAUCCGUGUCUCCGUCCCCACCGGAGCUCCAGGCCAUCAGCUACAGGGAUGUCAUCGCGGCGGCCGUGGAGCUGCUCAACGCCAGGUCCAUCAGCCCCUACAUCCUGCAGCUCCGGGAGGUCCAUCCCCGGCCCGGUUGGCCCGGUGACCUGCAGGGACGCCAGGAGCUGAGCUUCACCGUGGAGGAGACCACGUGCCGGGCUCCAGGGAUGGCCACCACCGCCUGCAAGAGGCGCUGGUUCGGGACGGUGACAUGGUGCCGGGGCAACGUCUUCCUGGAGGACCAGCAGCCCACGGUGGAGCUCUCCUGCGAGAAGGUGCCCACGGUGCUCGGCCAUGCCCGCAGGACCAAAAUCAGGGAUUUUUUCACCAAGUUGAAGGACCGUGUCAGGGGAUUCUUCCGACGCGGGAAGACCUGGAUCCGCGACAAACUCAAACUCAAAAAGUCCAAACCCUGAGGGGGUGAC